AUGACAGAGACAACAACAGAUGAUUGUAUUUACGAUUCAAGUGAACCAAGGAAAGAAGUCAGAACAAAGUUUUACUAUAAGAACUUUGUGAGAGGAUUUCUUAUUAAACAACUUAUUGAAAAGGGAUAUACCAUUUAUGUUGUGAAUUGCCAAGAACAACCAUUUAAUAUAGAUAUAGUUACCAUCGAGAAAAAUGAUAUUGGCAUGUGUGAGAUAUUAGAUUCUAAUUAUACACAGGAUAAUAAAGACUCAAUACUGAUCUCUUUACUUGACCGACUUGGCUUUUGUUUCGACUAUUAUGAAACAGGAAUCUAUUUAGACAUCGCAGACGCUUAUUAUCAAGACUCUGACAAUUUCUUUUAUUUCUCCAAGACAGACAUUAUCAGGUCUGGUUGUCGUUGUUAUAAGAUCAUGUCCAAUUACUCCCAAACUGACACUUCUAAGUACCUUAAGUUGAUUUAUUCUUUGUAA